AUGUCUCGUUUUUAUUCAACCUUUACCAAACGUUCGUUGUCAUUUUCUCUAUGAUCAGGUAAGUUAAAAGCAUUUUUAUAUUCACUUGAGGUUUUUAGACAUUGAUACGAGUAACUGAAAAGAUAGUUCUUUAAUCGAGUUAUAUGAAGCAUCAAUUUAAUUUUUUUGGGAAUCAUCUUAUAUUCUUAGCAUCUUUAUUAAAACAAAACAAACGUGCAUUUAUAAUGAAGUGUGAAAAAAAGGAAAGCUACGCUUGCCCAAUAUAGCUUUCAAAAGAUGCGUUUUUGCAUUUCCUAAUGAUGCAAAGAGUACAAAUAUCCCAGAACUGUUUGCUGAGGAAUGAGAAUGUCUCUUGCUUUUAGAGCAGUAUCAUGUGCCUUAGCUGUCAUUGCUAAUUGCAGCGGGCAGAAUGUAGGCCUAGAAAUUUGACGAAACUGUAAUGUAACUUGGAUAGCUUUUGUCUUUCAGAUCCUCCACAUUAAUUUUGGUCAUAGCAGGUGGACUGACACUAUCAGGUGUUCCAAUAUAGGAGAUCUGCGCAGUCGUAUUCCUACGCCUGGUUUUAUUUGUUUAUAUAUUAUUAUGUCCCUACAAGCCAAAAUGGCAGCUGAAAGUAUCCAAGAUGCUGACCUUUCUUUUCUCAGCAAUUACGUGCAUCAUAGUAAUCGGCGUGGCCUCUCAAGUUUCAAUGGUUUGCAGGCGAGAAAAGUUGAUCCAACUGUUGGAACGAUAG